CAUCAAUCAGAUAAAUGCAAUGAAUGCACUGCAUUUUCUUUUCUCUGAUUGUGAAAGGGACAAUAAAAAGCAAAGACAUUGAACAUUCACUGUUUCCAGUGUAAUCCACGGUUUAUAGGCUUAACACCCGCAUCAUAUGACCGCUUUCAUCUGCUGUUACAUAACCACCGACACACGGCCAGGAGCCAGUGUGACACAGCUGCCAGAAGAUGGCAACCUCCUCCACAUGGUGAAAUAAAUAAAUAAAUAAGUAUGGCAUGCAGGAAUAUAUAUUCUGCAAUGAGGACAAGCAGAAAAAUCCCCGGAUUGGACCGUAAACAACAAGCAUGAGCGAGUCUGUGAGACAGCUGACAGAUUGAGGUUUGCGUGGAUUCUGCUGCUUCAGGGACACGGAUCAGGAUUGUGUUUUUGGGCGUUGAUGUCCACACGACAGACUGGGAGACAACAUCCAGUGGGGAUAGAGCAAGGAGUGCCCAUUGAAUUCUGCGUGUAAGAGAAAAGAGGAAUAGCACGAUAAAGCUCACAUGAAUGUGGCUGGACUGCAGAAAACGAGAGCAUCGUCAUCCAAAGUCCAGCCUUCUUAGACCUUACUGGACAUUUCAAAUCUCCCUUUUUCUUGACCGCCCUAGAGAGGCGAUGGAGGAUUAAAUCACGUGCUCUGUCAAGAGUGAUCAUAAACCAAACCUGCAGAGACCCCAUUCCCCAGCGCCGGAAUCAUUGAAUACUUUGUAGGAUCUCAUAGGAUAUACUCAAACUUUCCCAAGCAGUUUGCUUAUCUCCCUCAGAGGAAUCGCUCUGAUAAAAACAGGAACAAUUAAUGCUCUUCCUGUGAAGGCCUGAAAAAGAGCCAGAGCCCACUGGAGGGUCUCCGAGGAGCUUUUUGGGGAGUCUUGACUCGGAUGAGAAGAUUGCUGUAGUCACGGAGGCGAUGGGCAACAAGAACACCACUCCGCCUAAAGGUCCCAGUUCUGGCACCACACAGAGGGAGGAAGGAGUGUGCAUGGACAGCACCACAGGAAGUGUCUCUGGAGAUGGACCGCCAGGCCCCAGCCCAGAACUGCUUGCCUCCCUGCAGUCCCUCAGAGAAAACACUGACUACACACUGCUGCCACACUCCCUGCACCAGAUCGCAGAGGCCUACUCGCACAAAGAGGAAUACCAGUGGGCCAUCCAGUUCCUGCAGCUGGAGAAGAUGUACCAUGAACGUCUGCUGUCCAACCUCGACACCUUGCAGGAGAACUGGGAAAGCCAGCUGAGGGAGAAGAAGAACACUGGAAGCAGUUUGCCUGCUGAGACAGACUUCAUCAGUCAGAAACACAUUGAGACCCUGAGCCAGAUCUGCAGGACACACCUCAGACCCUCGGUCAGUGUGGAAGAGAACAUGCUGAAUACCACGUUGACAGAUGCUCAGAGCAAAAAGGAGGCACUACAAUCCUGCCAUGAUAACGUCAAAAAGCUGGAAACAACACAACAGGAUGAAGGAAAAGAUCUCAGCACAAAGGGCUCGGAUUCAGAACUUCCCUCUCAUCAGGACGGACAUGAGGAGGAGAAGGAGGAGGGAGGAGGAGAGGAAGAAAUGUAUGAGGAAGGACACAGAGUAGAUGAAGAGGAGGAGACAUGUGAGGAGACACCAGAGGAGGAGGAAGUGAAGGUGGAGUGGCCGACAGGAGUCCCCCAGGCUUCAGACAAGGACCUGGCAAAGCUGUCCCACACAGAGGGGAGCUCUGCUCCAGAUGGCCUGGUCUCCAUUCUGAAGAGGAGGAGAGCCUCUCUGGAUGGAUUGCCUCCUUCCAGUGACAUUGUCACCAAACAGAACUCCAAACGUAAAGUUCGCUUCAGUGAGCCCGAAGACGGCACUGAGCAAGAUGAGGUCGGUGGAGAUUCCUGCCUGAUCCUGCUGCUGCUGUGCCUGGUAACAGUGGUGAUCAGUAUAGGUGGAACUGCUCUGUACUGCACCCUGGUGGACACUUACUCCAACAUUUGUACCGACUUCACCCAAAAUGUUGACUUCUACGUUAUGAACGUGCGGAGGUUCUUUGAUGGUCUCAGACACUGGUUUCCUCUACGGACUUAGGCCUUUUCCCCUGCACUCCAGAUGCCAGUACUGUGACUUGCAGUGUGAAACAAAGAGCAAGGAUGAGCACAACUCCAAUUUGCAGUUUGAGUUCACUGUGACUGCCAUCAGACCCACGGGCAUAAAUCUGCUGCUGCCAUCCAGAGUGUUCAAAGCUUUGAUUUCAUCAUUCUGAAGCUUGGGUCCUUUGGCUCACAUCAGUUCCUGAUUUUUGAAUGACUGAUGGAGACUCGAAGCACCACCUAACAGCACACUGUUAGAAGCCUGCACGUUGAGGGAUCAGGAUCUGAAAUCCCUUGUUUACAACAGCUUGUGUUGAUUUCUCAUCCUUCGCUGAACCUUAAAGACACUACACAGUAGGGCUCACGACAACAUUUACAAUCUGUGUCUCGUGAUUUCUCACAUUUGUAGCAGUCCUAGAUGUGUGCACAUUUGUAUUUUUCUCCAGAAGCUUUCUUGUUCUUGCUGUUUUAUACUGACAGAAAGAAGCUGUGUUUGGACUCAGUAGAACUGUAUGUUUGUGUGUUGUUUUAACUUUUUAUUGUCCCAGACUUUGAUUUUAUUUCCUUUUAAAUUCACAAUAACAUUAGCUUUCUUUCUGAUGGCCUAUCCCUGUUGAAUGAAUGAACUCUGGGCCUGUACAGUCACACCAGACACAUUGUACAGCAUGACUUUAAGGAUUUAUAUUGUUUUGAAACCCCCAGAUUUCAGAUACAGACAAGCCUUUAUGAUCCGUUUGUUUACCUUAAAGUGGUUGCUCUCAACAUUCCUCUGAUCCUUUUAAUAUGAGCAGUGUAAAGAGACGCAUUGUACUGUGUGUGAUAUCAGUAUGUGUUCUAAGUGCCCAUUAAAUACAAACAGCAUCAUAAAACAGUCUGCAUGAAUGAUGCUGCGUGUAAAGAAACAAGGACAGUGUGGCUCUUGGUAUGGAAAUAGAAGUGAACCACCUUCAAACCAUACAUUUCAGAGUAGUGAUCAUGGUUAUCAGUAUGCAGUACUGUCAGUGUGCUCCACAAGCUCAGGCACUUACCCUGUGUUUCUACUUCUGGUGCUCAAUGUUGUCGUGUUCAUGAGGUCUAAUUUCCUGCUCUACUCCCAGAUUAUUAUGAUUGAAUCUAUUUCUUUCAGUAGUGUGCAAACAGCCACACAAUGAUAGUAUCAACACAAUGCAGACAGAGGAUACAUAUAGAUUGUGUGACACUAUAUCAAAUACAGAAAAUAUAGAUUGUGUGACACUAUAUCAAAUACAGAAAAUCAGAUACACAGAUGGAAACAAAAAAUGAAGAGGAAAUAUUGAAUACUGCUAAUAGAAAGUUUUUCUAUAAUUCUAAGAGCACUAAAACAAUUAAGUUAAAUGCUAAAUUAAGAUGCUACAUUUGUCUUCACUGGAAGUUAAAUAUUCUGUGUACAUGGGUAACACUGUUUUGGUAUCAUUUAGUCCAAAAGCAGAGCUUUAUGAAGUAACAGUUGUGUUUCCUGGCUGGGACAAGUAACACAACAGAAACAAAAUUAUAUUUUUGACAAAGAAAAAUGAAAUUUGUUCCUGCAUGUUCCUUUUUUCCAUCACCUUGUCUUGAUGUUUUUACAAAUUUGAAACAGUUUAUAGCUCUCCUUCUGAUUUCCUAAUGUUUGAAAAAUGAUGAAUACUUCUCCUGUCUUUUCACUGUGGAUUUUGCAUCGUGAAGUCCACCUUUUUGUGAUACAAUAUUUAUGUUGAGUCAUGUCCACCAGAGAACACCAAAAUAAAUAAAUUAUGAAACAUC